UUCAUCUCCACAGCAACAGCAGCGGAGCCUCAUGGGUAUUGCAGUAUUUAAAUCCGUCCGCCAUGUUGAGGAAACGGACUGAGCCUGACUUCUCUGAAACGAAGAGUAAAUAAUUCAAAGUGGAGGUGGAAACAUGAACCUGUGUGAUAGCUGCUACGUCCAGCCCCGCCGCUGCGGCUGGGGCCGGCCCGGUGGCUCUGUUUCCGGGUAGUUGUUGUAGGACUAACCGGUGUAGUGACGGUUGUGGGACCCGCGGCUCCUCCAGCAGCAGAGGGCGCUGUUCUCACCGUGACGCCCCCGUGUUUAUGGUUACCGUGGCAACAGAGCACCGGUCCUGUUUGUGAUGUUUUAACCGGCUCCGGUGAGUUCACCGUAACCGUCAGAAAGCAGAUUUAAUUAGAAGUUUCGGAUCUUUUCCACCGGAAGAUGCUGCUCAGCCAGAGAAGAACCAGGUGCCGGGAGUUCACCGGACCGACGCCUCACUCCGUGGCCGUGAGAGCGAAGCUCCCGUCGUCACGGCCCGCAGACCACCUGAUCCUGGAGAGGCAGAGACAGGACGCCGCCCGGGACCAGGUCCUGGAGUUCACCAGGUACCAGCAGACCUGCGACGUGAAGAACUCGUGGCUGAAGAGUUCGGACCGUCACUUCCUGAGAGGAACGGUCCAGAGAGAGAUCAGAGCUGCGAUGAAACGACACGAGUCCGACAUCGAGGAGAGGAGACACAGGCUUCGUGAGCUGUUGGAGGCAGAGGAGCAGCAGCUCCUGCAGGAGGUGGAGGAGAAGAAGGAGACGACAGUGGAGAGACAAGCCAAGAUGAGAGAAAAAGCCAAAGUCCUGAGAGAGAGAAGAGAGAGUGAGAGACAGCAGCUGGUCUCAGACAAACUGGAUCAGCUGUUCAGGGAGCAGUGUGACGAGCUGCGGACCAUCCAGACCAGACGCAGGGAGCAGCAGGUGUGUGCGGAGCGAGAGGCUCAGGUGAGGAGUGAACAGGAGGAGCGGCAGCGGCGGCAGGAGGAGGAGAAGCUGUUUGAGGAGCUGUGGGAGGCCGAUCGUCGAGCCAAAGAGGAGAGGGAGAGGAGGAGAGUGCAGACGCAGCAGCAGAGGAACAUGGAGCAGCUGGACGUCCUGAAGACUCAGAUGGAGGCGGCAGAGCAGCAGAGACAGAAGGAGAAGGAGCUGAGGGAGGAGGAGGCUCGACUCAGGCUGCAGCAGCAGGAGAUGCAGCUCCUGCAGCAGCAGCGGGAGCAGCACCAGAAGCUGCGGGACCAGCAGACCAGGCGGCGGCAACUGGACCAGGGCUUCAGGCUGAAAAUGAAGCGUCUGGCCCGAGAGCAGCAGGACGAGCUGCAGCUGGACAUGAGCAUCCUGCAGCAGCUGCUCCGACAGGAAACAGACGAGAAACAGGAAGCUGCUCAGAGGAAGACGGAGCUGCGUGAGGAGCAGAGGAGGUACCGACAGUAUCUGUCUGAGGAGCUGCAGAAGCAGAGGAGGGAGGAGAAGGAGACGGAGCGGCUGAUCGAGGAGAAGCUGAAGGAGACCUGGACCAAGAGGGAGGAGCAGAGCCGCCUGCAGCGGGAGGCCAGGACCCGGCUGAUGGACGAGGUCCUGGAGGCUUGGCGCCUGCAGAUCCAACGGAAAUUGGACCUGAACCUGCAGCAGUGGGCCGAGCUCUGCAGAGAGAGGGAGGAGCUGAGCAGAGCGAUGGAGGAGAUGAAGGUGGAGGAGGAGGAGGAGAGGAGACGUCAGAGGCAGACCAGCGAGGCGUACCGGGCUGACCUCCGGGCCCAGAUGGAGCAGCAGGAGCGGGUCCGGUCUGAGGCUCAGGCUCAGGCUCAGAGGGAGCAGCAGCAGGGUCUGAUCCUGCAGCAGCUCUACGACCAGAAGAAAAACCAGAUCCUGUCCAGACCGGCGUCCCACAGCGCCUCCUCCUCCCAUCCCUUCAGGAGAGCAGAGGGGUCCAGGUCUGCCCCCAGACCCCGUCUGAAGCCUGAACAGGAAUAAAGUCUGUUGUCUGA